CCUCUUUGACACCUGAAAAUAGCCCAGUAAAACGCUGACCUCUAGCGUUUGAGUCAUCAUACUGCAGUCUGAUCGCAAGUAGGAUGCGGAAGUGACGUCUGCGAUUGGAUUCCUUGCAAGCAAGUGCACGCUUUCAAUGUUAUGAAACGUGUAAAGUGAUUGUUUUGUAACAGCGAACAUCGUGUUAAGUUACACAAGUUUGCGUGUAGUGCAUGUUUGGCUUUUACUCAAGACACAAGAGACCGGUUGAUCUGCAGCUGCUAACAGCAUGGCAAAAAGAAAAGAUCCUGAACAAAAUAAGGACACAAAGAAACCGAAGCAGAUUGCAAAGAUCAAACAAGCAGCCAAAAAACAAAAAGCUAAAGAAAAUGGCAUGAUGGUUAAAAACAACUUAAAAAACUCCAAAGUGGGAUCUCCUGCAUCCAAAAACGUCAAAGGUUCCUCUGCAGGGAAAACAAGUAAAUAUUUCCAGCCGAAGGAACCAGAGGGCAUGAUGACGGAGCACAGUAAGGAAUUGAGCCCUGUGUUCAUAGAGCACUCACCAUCAAAACAAGUGAAAGAAGAGGAGGCAGAAAGUGAAGAUGAGGAGGACUGGGAGGAGGUGGAAGAAAUAGGAGAUAUGGACUCAACAGAACUAGCAGUCACAUCAAAACCUGUGGAGAUUGAGAUCGAGACUCCAGACAUGGCUCACAAGAGACAAAAGCAGGAGAAAAAGAAAGCAGAGUUUGAAACUUACCUGCGCCGAAUGAUGAAACGAUUUACCAAGGAGCAGCUAGAGGAUACACACAAGGUCCACCUGCUUUGCUUAUUGGCCAGCGGACUUUUCCGGAACAGACUCUGCUGUGAGCCCGACCUGACGGCUAUUGCCUUCUCAAUACUGCCUAUCCACUUUACCACAGUUGAGACAAAACGUAUAAAUAUAGGCUUUGUAGAGGGGCUUCUGAAAUGGUUUCAGAGGACAUUCACCUUAAACCCCGCCUUACCUGAGGAGAAGGGGGUGGAACUAAGCACAGUGCUGGAGAAGCGGAUUGGUUGUUUAUCAGCAAGGGACCAUGAGGAGAUGACUUACCUGUUAUUAUUGGUCCUGAGAUCAUUACGACUCUUUUGCCGAUUGGUGCUGUCACUACAACCCCUGUCUUUCAAGCCACCAUCUACCACUAAGAAAACGACCAAACCUACCAAAAGCACACCUACUAAAAAUCAGUCUGAGAAACCUUCCCCAAAGCCGAAGAUAUCCCCUGGGACCAAACGCCUAUCUGUGGAGACUAAAGAGGAAAGGGGUGGGAAACGUAGAAAAAAGACAGAAGGAGGCAAGAAAGAGGCACUAGCAGGACAAAAACCCAAAAACACCAGAAGAAGAAGUGUAGCAUCAAAGGUGUCCUAUAAAGAAGUCAACAGUGAUGAGGAAGAGGAGGAGAGCGGGGAGGAGUUUCAACCUGCCAACGAGGAUGAUAGUGAGGACUCUGAUUGUGAGGUCACGAACGUUUGCAGAAAGUCAAAAGUAAAGUUAAAAAAUCUGGCUCAUCAGAGGUCAGAUGAGAUCAAACAGGAGAGAAGUGAGGAAGAGGAGGAGGAAGAAGAAGAGGAAGAGAAAGAGGUGAAGAAACGAAGAUCUACACGAAAGGAGGGAAAAGGUGCAGAUGAAUGGAUAGAGAUUUAUUUGGAAAGUACCGGUAGGUGGGUGUGUGUUGAUGUGGAUCAAGGAGUCGGGCAGCCACAGCUUUGCACUGAUCAGGCCACACAGCCGAUCACUUACGUGGUGGGCAUUGACGAUGAGGGAUACAUGAAAGAUAUUAGCAGCAAGUAUGACCCCACCUGGCUGACAUCAUCAAGGCGACGACGUAUCGACUCCGAAUGGUGGGAGGAGACUAUGGAUCUCUACAAAUCUCCAGAUGCUGAUAGGGGACAAAAGGAGGACCAGGAGAUGCAGGCAAAGUUAUUAGACAAGCCUCUGCCAACAUCAGUAGCUGAAUAUAAGAACCACCCACUGUAUGCCCUAGAGAGGCACUUGCUGAAAUACGAGGCCAUCUACCCCCGUACAGCUGCUGUCUUGGGGUACUGCAGAGGGGAACCGGUUUACUCGCGAGACUGUGUGCACGUGUUGCAUUCCAGUGAUACCUGGCUGAAGGAAGCUAGAACUGUUCGACUAGCAGAGGAACCGUACAAGAUGGUGCUUGGUAUUUCCAACCGUUCUCGUAAAGCCAGGAUGAUGUCAGAGCAGAAGGAUGUAAAAGAUCUGGCUCUCUUUGGACUCUGGCAAACAGAGGAGUAUCAACCUCCAGUUGCCGUUGAUGGCAAAGUACCACGUAAUCCAUUUGGAAAUGUGUACCUCUUUAGGCCAUGCAUGUUACCAGUGGGAUGUGCUCACCUGCGUUUGCCAAAUCUGCACAAAGUUGCUAGAAAACUAAACAUCGACUGCGCUGCAGCAGUAACUGGCUUCGAUACCCACUGUGGAUUCGCACAUGCUGUUACUGAUGGCUAUAUAGUCUGUGAAGAACACAAAGAUAUUCUAGAGGCAGCUUGGGAAAAUGAGCAAGAUAUCCAGCAAAAGAAAGAACAAGAGAAACGUGAAAAACGAGCAGUGGCUAACUGGACCCUGCUGGUCAAAAGCCUGUUGAUUAAGGAGAGGCUGAAGCGUCGCUAUGGACAACAGGGCCUUGCAUCAGAGGCGGGGCUUAACCAAGGAAAAGAAGGUGAUGCUGAAGGGCUGUCUUCAGACGAAGAGGAAGAAAGCAGGGCUCAGACUGCACCUCCCUCUCUGGCAAAUUCAUGGCCACAGAACAGACAAGAAGAGCAGGAAGAAAAGAUUGUAAGGCGUGUAAAUAAACGAGAGAAACGUGAGAAGGAGAAACAUCUCUUUCCUUUUGAAAAAGUGUGACUAAAUCUCUUAUCUCUUUGCAUGAUGUACUUCCUUCGAUUUUUUUUUUGCAUAGAUCAUCUACAAAUGUCUGUGAUUAGUUUUAGAGGACCAUACAGUCUCUGAACUUUUUAAAAAAAAUACUCUACAUACACAGGGAGAUUAUGAAGAUGCCAGGAUCUAGACACAUAUCCAAGCAUUUACGUUUCAUGUCAUCUUUUCAAAUUUUUGCUGUCGAUUUCUUUUUUUUGUAUCAAAGUACAUAUUUUUAUAGAACAUGCUGUAAAAACACAUGAAAAUAAAAAUGUUUUUGUGA